AGAUCCAACUCUUCCUCACAACAUUUGUGAAAUGCGCUCUUUUCCCUGACGACGCCUCGAAAAAGAAAACAAGAAAAACACAAUCACCGGCCGAACAAAUCCACUGCCUCGAACGAAAAGUACCGAGCUCUCGUCAGCUCUGUGAUGCGACAGCCCUCCUAGGCUUCCGAUAUCCGUUCGCUCGCAUGAUCUGUCACGGCACCAAUUCUCUACCCAAAAUUUUGUGACUGCGAUAUCGACGAAAGCGGGACUACUCUGCUAUUGCGCCUGUCAAAACAUAUUUCGACCAACGUCUACCGACAACACCAUGGUGUCUGCCCCUACGACGGGCGGCACUGCUGCCGCCAACGGCAACGGAUCCGCGAACGCAAGUUCGCGAGCCUCUCCGGCCGUCGGUGCCUCCAACACAGCCUCGGCCAAAUCCAAGGCCGCUCAAGUCAACUCUAACGGCUACCACCCCACGAACCCCCAAGUUCCCCUCAGCUCCAUGCGAAGCACCCCUCUCGACCUGACUUCGGUAGAGCGACGCGGACAACCGACAGCGAUCAAGGAACCUGUCAAGAGGAAGUCCCGCCCUCACGGCCUCGAAGAUGCGCCCACCUACUGUCCGACGGAGGAUGAGUGGAAGGACCCGAUGGAGUACAUCAAGAAGAUUUCUCCCGAGGCCAAGAACUAUGGGUUGUGCAAGAUCAUCCCACCGGACUCGUGGAACCCGGAUUUUGCAAUUGAUACAGAGAGAUUCCACUUCAGGACCAGGAAGCAAGAGCUGAACUCGGUCGAAGGAAGCACACGAGCAAACAUCUCGUACCUCGACGCGCUCGCCAAGUUUCACAGACAGCAGGGAAAUAACCUGCACCGCCUUCCUUACGUCGACAAGAAACCCCUUGACCUCUACCGUCUGAAAAAGGCCGUCGAAGCCCGCGGCGGCUUCGAUAAAGUUUGCAAGCUGAAAAAAUGGGCCGAGAUUGGGCGUGACUUGGGCUAUAGUGGGAAGAUCAUGUCUUCCCUGUCCACGUCACUGAAAAAUUCAUAUCAAAGAUGGCUUUGUCCAUAUGAGGAAUACUUGAGGCUCGCCAAACCCGGGGUUCAUCAACAACUCGAGUAUGAAAACGGCGGCCCCUAUACCCCCAGCCCUGCCGUCACUCCCAUGAAGCGCUCCAAUGUCAAUACCCCGUCCAGCGCUCGAGCCGACUCACCCGCCCGCAACGCCUCGGACGCGUUGCAGGCAAGUGUCAACGGCCUCAAGAAAGAGGGCGAUCGGGACACCCCUAUGGCAGAUGCACCGCCAGCAUCUACUCCUGUCACCUCAGGCUUCAGAGCAAUAAACUCAGGAGGCUUCACUCCGGUCAACUCUGGCUUUAAGAGUGUCAACCGUCCCACACCCCAGGACGACAUUGCUAGCACCCCACCACCCAAGUCUUUCAGUCCUGUGAACUCCGCAAAGAACACACCAGAUUACCGACCUUCAAACCUAGGUCCUGCUGCGCUCAAACGUCAAAUGAGCUGUGACAGCCUUGAUUUGGCAAAGAAGGAUAAUGCAGCAGACAAGGACGACGGCGAUGCUGGAAGCAGCAGACGAAGCAAACGUCUCAAGAAAGAUACUGUGCCCACAGUGGCUGGCUCUCACAUGUCCCUGUUCCGUCCUUCCGUGCCUAGGAUUCCCCGAGACGAGGCAUCGACCCCUGGCGAGAAAUGCGAGCAAUGCUGCAAAGGCGACGAGAGUAGCCCCCUGAUCGUCUGCGAGUCCUGCGACCAUGCCUACCACGGCACCUGUCUAGACCCUCCGUUGAAACACAAGCCCGACUCGGAAUGGAACUGUCCAAGAUGUCUCGUUGGCGAUGGUCAAUAUGGUUUUGAAGAAGGAGGCCUAUACUCCCUGAAGCAGUUUCAGCAAAAAGCGGCAGACUUCAAGCAAGGCUACUUCGAGAAAAAGAUGCCGUUCGAUCCGGUCCUCAACUGCCACCGUCCGGUAACUGAGGAGGAUGUUGAAACUGAGUUCUGGCGCCUUGUUGCUGAUAUCGAAGAGACGGUUGAGGUUGAGUACGGUGCCGACAUUCAUUGCACAACUCACGGAUCUGGUUUUCCGACGGUCGAGAGACAUCCUAACAAUCACUACUCGACUGACCCCUGGAACCUCAACUUGCUCCCUCUCCACCCCGAGAGUUUGUUCAGGCAUAUCAAGUCUGAUAUCUCUGGCAUGACUGUGCCGUGGGUGUAUGUUGGCAUGAUAUUCUCAACCUUUUGUUGGCACAAUGAGGACCACUACGCCUACUCUGCCAACUACCAGCACUUUGGCGCAACAAAAACGUGGUAUGGUAUCCCGGGUGAGGACGCUGAGAAAUUUGAGGCCGCGAUGCGCGAGGCUGUCCCCGAGCUGUUUGAGACGCAGCCCGACCUCCUCUUCCAGCUGGUCACUUUAUUGACACCUGAGCAAUUGAAGAAGGCUGGCGUUCGAGUCUAUGCCCUAGACCAGCGUGCAGGCCAGUUUGUCAUCACCUUCCCGCAAGCUUACCAUGCGGGCUUCAACCACGGAUUUAACUUUAACGAAGCCGUAAACUUUGCCCCAUGCGACUGGGAGCCUUUUGGCCUCGCGGGCGUGGAGAGGCUGCAGGUCUUCCGCAGACAGCCCUGCUUCUCGCACGACGAGCUGCUUUGGACAGCUGCUGAGGGCACAACGAACAACGGGCUCACGAUUCAGACAGCCAAAUGGCUUGCUCCGGCACUUGAUCGGAUCAAGAAACGGGAGUCGGCGCAUCGAGCUGAUUUUGUGGCGAAGCACCUUGAGUCACAGUGGCACGACUGCGGCUUGGCCGGAAAAGAAGGCACCUCUUGUCCUUUGAAAUUCGAGAUUGACGACGCCGACGUUCCUGAGGAGGAAUACCAAUGCUCCUAUUGCAAAGCAUUCACCUACCUAUCUAGGUUCAAAUGCCUCAAGUCGGGCAAGGUCCUGUGCCUCGAACAUGCAGGCCACCAGCCAUGCUGCGGCAUGCCCGAGCAGCAGCGGAUGAACGGCGAGGGCCACGCCGUUAUUUACAGGCAAUCCGAAGAAGACAUCGAGGCAACAUAUGCGAAGGUCCUCGAAAAGGCGCGCACGCCGGAGGCCUGGGAAGAGAAGUACGAGAAGCUUCUGGAAGAAGAGGCCACGCCUUCUCUUAAGACUCUUCGGAAUCUCCUACACGAGGGUGAGAAAAUACCCCAUGACCUGCCCUCACUCCCUUUGCUUCGGGAAUUUGUCGAACGGUGCAACGACUGGGUGGACGAGGCCACCAACUACACGAUUCGGAAGCAGCAGAAUAGGCGCAAGAGCGAAAAGUCCCUCCUGAACCGGAAGAACUCGCUGGACCAAAAGGAACGCGAUGCGCGCAAUGUCUCCAACGUGUACCGUCUUCUCAGCGAGGCUGAGCAAAUUGGUUUCGAUUGCCCCGAGAUCACCCAGUUGAGGGAGCGGGCCGAGGCCAUCGAAGCCUUCCAGAAGAAUGCAGCUAAAGCGCUGGAACAGAUCCACCUCGCCGAGCUCUCCGAAAUCGAAGACCUACUUGAGGAGGGCCGGACGUUCAACGUCGACAUGCCGGAAAUCGACCGCCUGUCGCGAGUUCUCGAGCAACUCAAGUGGAAUGAAAAGGCCAGGAACAACAGAGGCGUCCUCCUGUCACUCAACGAAGUGCGCGAGCUCAUCGAAGAGGGAAAACGCCUGGACAUCCCGCCCUACAACGACCACCUGUCGUAUUACAUCGACCAGAUGAGCCUUGGCCAGCAGUGGGAGAAGAAGGCCCGAGAAUUGAUCGUUGCCGAAGUUGUUCACUACCCUCAGCUGGAGGCUUUAUCGAUGCAGGUCACCGCCAACUUCCUACCUGUCUCGGCAGAUACCUUGGCUGCCGUGGAUCAGAUCCUCUACAAACAGAGAGAGGCCCACCGCCAGAUCGUGGACUUGACUGAGAGGUCACGCGACCCCGACAUCCGGAACCGGCCCAAGUACGCUGAGGUCGCCGAGAUCAUGCGCCGGCUCGACGACUUGAACUCGAAGCCCAAUGGCACGCUGGACCUAGAGCGUGAGCAAAAGCGGCACGAGGACUGGAUGCGAGAGGGCAAGAAGCUUUUCGGCAAAACUAAUGCGCCUCUCCAUAUUCUCAAGAGUCACAUGGACUACGUCUUGGAGCGGAACCAAGACUGUUUUGACAUUGUCAACGACAAGCCUCGCAUGCCUGCCGAGCCCGCGUCGAGAGAAGCCAGCCCAGACCAAAAAGUUCACCGGUGGGAAGACCCUCGCUUCCGCGAAGUGUUCUGUAUCUGCCGAAAAGUGGAAGCAGGUAUGAUGAUUGAGUGUGAGCUCUGUCAUGAAUGGUACCAUGGAAAGUGUCUCAAGAUUGCUCGCGGAAAGGUUAAAGACGAGGAUAAGUAUACCUGCCCGAUAUGUGACUGGCGUGUCAAGAUCCCGCGAGAUGCUGCCCGACCAAAGCUCGAGGAGCUUAUUACUUGGUCUGAGAAAAUUCCAAGCUUGCCUUUCCAGCCCGAAGAAGAGGAGGUUUUGACAAAAAUAAUCGACAACGCCCAAGACUUCCGGAAUCACAUUGCCGGGUACUGCAACCCGCUUGUUUCUACCGAGUCUGAGGCGGACACACAGCGGUUUUAUCUGCGCAAGAUCGAGGGUGCCGAAAUCUUGCUUGCCUACGAGACGAACUUUUUCCGACAGGAACUGCACAAGUGGUGCCCAGUCGCACCCAACGCACCCCCGGUCCUCGAGGUUUCCAAGAGCACACGCAAGCCACGCCCGACCAAGCUCCAGAAGCUUUUGGCCCAAUUCGGCGUCGACGACCCCGAGGACCUUCCGGAGAACAUGAAAGCCAAGGCUGCCAGUUUGAAGCGGAAAGCACAGAAUGCUGAGGCCGCCGCUGCUGCGGCUGCGGCUGCGGCGGCAUCAUCCAUGACCGGCGCGACCGUGCCCCCGGGCAUGUCAGGCAACAGCCGCAAGUCGGAGCAGUCGUCGGCGACACCUCCCAGUACUUCUCAUGGCAACGUGGGCCGCCAGUCUAUUGGCAGCAACCACGACCCCAUGGAUAUCGACAACGGCCCGACGCUUCAUCCAGGCUUGUUCAUGUCCAAUGGUGCACCAGGCCCGCAGCUUGUUGUCGGCAGCUCGUCACUUUCCCUCGAAGAGCGCCUGCUUCAGGGCCAGGAAGAUGGGCUUAACCUGCACACCGACGCUGGGAAGAGUAAGGCUCUCGAGAUACUGCGUCGGACCGAGGUUGGCCGGAAGCGAGCGGUAGAGAUGUUUGGCCCCGACGUCUUCAAGGGCGAUGUUGGCAUGCUCAAUGGCAGAGACGAUGCGCCUCGGUCUCAAGAAGAAGAGCGAGCGGUGAACAAGAUGUUCGACGACCUCACAAACCAAGAUGAUGACGACGUCAAGAGGAAACAGGAGUCAUUCGAUGGCCCCAUUACAGCGGAGAGCCUUGAGAGCGAGCGAAACGGCAUGGAUGCCUUGCUUGACGGUGAUUAGGAUCUCCGCCCCACUGUUGACUAUGCUGCCUUGUCUUAUUUCGACUACAGCAGUUUCAACUUUUGAAACAAGGGCGUCAUUGGUGUUGUACCUGGUUUUCAUUCGUGAUAGGAGUUUGGUAUCGGGACUCGACAAUU